GUGGUGCGAGCUGUGGUCCCUGUCAAUGGGAAUACGGCUGCUGCACGUGCCUGUAACACUGCAAUGAUACACAUCCAUGCGCGGAGCACAAAUUAAGCUCUACCGGGCCGUGGCUGGGCGCACCGGUGACCUUAUCGAUUUCAACAGACGGCUUCUGGCCGGUGUCAGUUCCAGAGGUGAACGUCGCAAUCCAGUGCCACCCUUGGAAGGAAGAGCUCGCUGUAAUUAUGUCAAUCUGCCUCUGAUUAAUGGGGACAGACUGAAGACAGCUAAGAGUCUAGUGGACAAGGCAAUAAAGGAGAAGAAAGUGUUCUCUGUGCAAGGUCCAUAUCCUGUAAUCCGCGCAGGACUGCGUGCAAGAGGAUGGGUGGAGCGCCGGCUACCACGACCCUCUGUCCCAUGGCCUCGUCGUCAUGAUCUUGAAACAGAAGCCACAGAUGAGGGUGACAGCAGUGAUGAUGAUGACUUAGGAGAAGAGGGAAAGAGGGAGGAUGAGGCAGAUGAUCUGUAUGACCUAAUGUCACGGUUGGUCCGCAAUGAGACGGCAUACUUCUACUGGACGACAAGGAGGGAUUCAGUCGACUCUCGAUCUUUAUGUAAAGACCAGAUGACCAAUCAUUACGCAAAGGCGGGAUCUUUCACCACCAAGGUUGGUUUGUGUAUGAGUUUGAGAAGUCUGCAGUGGUUUGAUGCAGCAGAUCCCGAUACAUUCUUCCCACGCUGCUACAGACUGGGGGCGGAGGAUGAUAAACAUGCUUUUAUUGAGGACUUUAGACGGACUGCAUGCACAAGUCUACUAAAGUAUGUUUUGGAGAAUUAUGCAGGGGAUUCAGAGUGGAAGAGAACCAGAGAGGUGCAUGAUGCUAAAUCUCGUGGUCUAAGCAAGCCUCGUAAACAGCAUGCCAAACAGAAGGUCGGAAGCUCGAUAAUAGACAAUGCAUUGCAUGUUUGUCAGGAGUAUCUAAACAGUUUAGAACACUGUGACAUAGACAUGACUUCGGAAACAACCCCUCCCCUCUCAGAGCAACAGUGGGACGUCUUUCUUCAGAAUUAUUAUUUAGUUAUUCAUGAAGGAGUGAGGAUAGAAGGCUGUGCAGAUUAUGUCGAGCGUUGUAAAUGCGUGUUGGAGCAGCUGCGUUGUUUUUGCCCUCAGAUUGAGACUGAUGGACUCUGCAACAUCUGGAUCAUUAAACCUGGGGCCAUGUCACGAGGCAGAGGUAUAAUGUGCAUGAACAAGCUGGAUGAGAUAAUGAGUUUAGUAGACACAGACCAUGGCAUCAUGAAUGACAGUAAGUGGGUGGUGCAGAAGUACUUGGAGCAGCCUCUCCUCGUGCAUGACACUAAGUUUGAUGUAAGACAGUGGUUCCUGGUCACAGAUUGGAACCCACUUACUGUGUGGUUCUACCGCGAGUGCUACCUUCGCUUUUCUACCCAGCCUUACUCCACUCAUACAUUGGACAGUUCUGUACAUCUUUGCAACAACUCCAUCCAGAAGCAUUUUCAACCAAGCCCAGAUCGUAAUCCUUCUCUGCCCGCUGAGUGCAUGUGGUCAUGUUCACAGUUCCGCUCCUGGUUGGCUUCUUCAGGCCGAGGUGAACUGUGGGAAGGGGUGGUGGUUCCAGGUAUGAAGAAGGCUGUUAUCCAAACUCUCUUGACUGCGCAGGACAGUGUGGAACCUCGCAAAGCCAGUUUUGAGCUUUAUGGAGCUGACUUUAUGCUGGGGCGGGAUUUUCGACCUUGGCUUUUGGAGAUCAAUGCCAGCCCCACCAUGGCACCCUCCACAGGAGUCACAGCUCGACUCUGCCCCGCUGUACAGGAAGACACUUUGCGGGUAGUGCUGGAUCGACGAUGUGACCGCAACACUCACACUGGUGGCUUUCAACUAAUAUACAAACAGGCAGCAGUAGAUGUUCCUCAGUAUGUGGGAGUGAAUCUUCUUGUAGAGGGGACUUCAGUCAGGCGUCCUCGAGCCCCUGUUUAUAAGCCUCUCAUUCAGUCUCACCCUCAUCUGCUAUCAAAAUCCAGCAGUCACAGGUCUUCCCUCAUAAGCAGCCAUUGCAUUUCUGGUAAGGAGAAUCAAUCAGAAGAUGGAAAGAAGGCCUGGACUACCCUCUCCUCCCGUAAAGUCAUGUUAGAGAAGUCUUUGAUCUUUCACCGUAAACUGAGGAAACGUCCCCACAGACUUGUCUUACCCUCAACCUGUUGUGUCCUUCCCAACCCAGCAGAACUUCAUCCGCAAAAACUCUCACUCACUCACGCCCAGCCCAAUCACCCCCCCACACACAGGACACACAGCAACCUUCCAUCCCUUUACCGUCCAACCCCUUCACUGGAUGUGAUAAAUCUACGUCCCAGACAAACACUUGCCUCCAAUCGCUACAAACAUGAAAUGCACACAGUCAAUAUAUCUUAUCCAGUCUUACACGUGCAGAAAUACCUGUCACUAAACCAUAGACAGGCCAUGGACACUUUCACAGAGAGAGAAGGGCCAAAUUCAUCCUAAGGAAUCUUUUGGAGAAAGCGAUUUCAUUCAUCAGAUUAAUAUGACCUAAAAGGAAUGAAUAUGUUUUAGAUUGCAUCAGUUUGUAUUGUGAGUUUAUCUUUCAGUGCACUGUUUUCAAACCCAUAUACCUUAACAAUAUACUGUCAGAAAAAAGAAAGAGAACAGUAUAUUUAGUUGAGGAUUACAGCACAUUUUACAGCACAUUUUUUCCUAAGUAGUUAUAGUUAUAUAUAUAUAUAUUUUAAAAGCUCAUCAUUUACUUUUUAAAUCCUGAAUUUUCUUCUAAAGGAGAGCUUAUGCAGAAUAUUGACUGUUCCCCUUACAUAUGAUGGAGGCAUACCUAGGCCAGGGCCUGUUAAGGUCCCAAAAUGACCAAAAAGCACUAUAAACACUUGACCUUACAACAGCUUUUAGAAUUAAUUUGGACUUUUUGGGUAAUCUACUGUAUCCCUAUAAGAUUGUUUCACAACCAAAAAAAACACAUCUUUAACGUAAUACAUGAGAUUUAAUGUGAGAUAUACAGUAGUGCUAUUAUGAAUGCCUAGUUCUGUUUUAUUUUGAUAUGGGAAUCUUGACUGUAAUAUUAAGCUUAAUGGUGAUGGAUUUUGUAUUCUCCAGAAACAAUCAAGAUGCUUCAUUUUAAGCUGUUCUUUGAGAGUGCUACUUAUUGGAAAGACUAGUGACAUUCUCAAAAAAACAAACAAAAAAAAACAAACACACAAACUAAAAAAGGUUGCUAUUUGAAUUAAGCUAAGUGAAAAUAAGAUUUUUUUAAAAACUCAUUUGCACUAUUAUGGCGGUAAAACCUUUAACCAUAUUCACCACUAGAUGGAGGUAGCAUUCAUCCUUUUAAUGAUGAUGGCUUUUAUAAUAUGUGCUAAUUCAGUUUGGUAUGUCAUUAUGUCAAAAUGACAGGGUUUUAUGGACAUUUUUGAGUAUACUUGUUCAUCCUGAUCACCCACAAUAAAAGGGAGCACUUGGAAUCACCGAAAUACUGUGAUUUACACUCA